GCCUCCAUGCAGUAAGAAAAGCAGGCGGAGCAACGCGCUGGGCUGAGAUCCGGAAAUCCGGGCGGAUCCUUGCUGCGUGGUCCUUGUCUGGCGUCGUUGUUCUUCCAGCAGCUCUCGGAGGCUCUGCCAGAAGUGCAGGUCUGCCUUCCUCAAGUUGCUGCCUUUAUUCCAAGCUCAUCUUAUCACCAUGAUGAAGCUUAGACACAAGAACAAAAAACCAGGUAAAGGUUCCAAAGGCUGUAAGAAGAAUGGGAAGAAAGCGGCACCCCGACCACCCUCUGCUCCCCAGGUUGUUCACGGUAAUGAUCAUGCCAGCCGAGAGGCCGAAUUAAAGAAGAAAAGGGUUGACGAGAUGAGGGAGAAGCAACAGGUUGCCCGGGAGCAAGAGCGACAAAGGCACAGGACCAUGGAGAGCUAUUGUAAGGAUGUCCAGAAACGUCAGGAGGAGUUUGAACAUAAGGAGGAAGUUUUGCAGCAACUAAAUAUGUUUCCUCAGUUGGAUGAUGAGGCCACACGGAGGGCCUAUUACAAGGAGUUUCGUAAGGUGGUAGAGUACUCUGAUGUGAUUCUGGAAGUUCUGGAUGCUAGAGAUCCCCUGGGCUGCCGCUGUUUCCAGAUGGAGGAGACUGUCCUUCGGGCAGAGGGCAACAAGAAGCUGGUAUUGGUCUUGAAUAAGAUUGACCUGGUUCCCAAGGAGAUUAUAGAAAAAUGGCUGGAUUACCUUCGAAAUGAGCUGCCAACUGUGGCUUUCAAGGCCAGCACCCAGCAUCAGUUCAGAAACUUGACUCAGUGUAAAGUUCCAGUGGACCAGGCUUCUGAUUCGCUGUUGAAAAAAAGCAGAGCCUGCUUUGGAGCUGAAAACCUCAUGAGGGUCUUGGGAAACUAUUGCCGCCUGGGGGAAGUGCGCACCCACAUUCGAGUCGGGGUUGUAGGCCUUCCCAAUGUGGGGAAGAGCAGCCUGAUCAAUAGCCUGAAGCGCAGCCGUGCGUGCAGUGUGGGAGCUGUUCCUGGCGUCACAAAAUUCAUGCAGGAGGUCUUCUUAGACAAGUACAUCAGGCUGCUGGAUGCUCCAGGCAUUGUCCCAGGACCCAAUUCAGAGGUGGGCACCAUCCUGCGGAAUUGCAUCCAUGUGCAGAAGCUGGCAGACCCCGUGACCCCAGUGGAGACCAUCCUUCAGCGCUGCAACCUGGAGGAGAUUUCCAGCUAUUACGGUGUCUCAGGAUUCCAGACUACUGAGCACUUUCUGACCGCAGUGGCCCACCGCUUGGGAAAGAAGAAGAAGGGAGGCAUAUACAGUCGUGAGGAGGCUGCCAAAGCUGUCCUGGCUGACUGGGUGAGUGGGAAGAUCAGCUUCUAUACACCACCGCCACCUACUCACACUCUGCCCGCCCAUCUCAGUGCUGAGAUUGUGAAGGAGAUGACUGAGGUCUUUGAUAUCGAAGAUACUGAGCAUGCCAAUGACGACACCAUGGAAUGCUUGGCCAAUGGAGAAGCCGAUGAGCUGUUGGGUGACACGGACCCAGAAGAAAUGGACUUCAAGUGGCUCCAUUCUCCGUUGGUGAAAAUAGCAAAUGCUAUUGAAAAUAGAGCCACCGAAUACAAGAUUGGAGACCACACUGGGUAUUGUACCAUUCCAAGGCGCCACCAGAUGGGGUGGCCUAAACGCAAUGUGGACCAAUACUUCCCCCCAAACGAUGAUCCAGUGGAAAUCUGGACAGUGGACCGCCGCCCAAUGUUGCAGAGGAUCCUGGAGACAGACCCACUUCAGCAAGGCCAGGCUCUGGCAUCUGCCUUGAAGAAUAAGAAAAAAUUACAGAAGCGUUCAGAGAAAAUCGCCAAUAAGUUGUCUGACUCCAUGAUGUCGAUGCUCGACCUCUCUGGCAACUGCGACGAUACUGCUGGCGACGACAAUGCUGGCAACGACACUGCUGGCGACUGAUGAGCUGACCUUCCCUCCUGCUGCAAACACUGUUUCCUAUGGGAUGGGAGAAUACGGAUGGCGUUUGAUUCUCCCUGAUGUACCUACAUAGUAGAAGAACACCCCCACACCAUCUGUCUUCUGCCACGGUGCCCUCCAUUCUCAUCAGUUAAGAGUCUCAAAGAUCUGGAGCUGCCAGACCCUAAUACCCUCUUAGUUCUUAUGUCCUUAGAAAUGACAUUUUGUUUGUUUUUGUGGUGCCAAGGAUUGAACCUAAUAGGUCCUCACGCAUAUUAGACAAACAUCUAUUACCAAGCUGUAUUAUUAUUAUCAUUAUCACCAUCCGUUAUUAUCAUUGGAGAAAGAUUCUUGCUAUGGAUCCCAUUCUGCUUACUCAGCCUCUCAAGUAGUAGGAUUACAGGCUUUUGCCACCACUCCCGGCUCCCACUGUGUUUUACAACGUAAUAUCAACAGAGUCUUGGCAUGGUAGCUACAUACCUAUAAACCUGACUCUUGGAAGACUGAAGCUAGGAGGAUUGCCUAAGUUAAAGGAGAGCCUGGACUAUCUGGCAGAACCUUUUCUUAACCUACAGCCCAAAACAAAUAGUAGAGUUUGGGCUGUGCUGGCGCACACCUUUAAUCCAACCACUUGGGAGGCAGAGGCAGGCGGAUCUCUGAGUUCUAGGCCAGCCUGAUCCAGGACUACACAGUGAAACUGUCUUGAGAAACCAAUAAGUCAGUAAAUAAAAUCGUAGUAUUAAAAAUACAAAUAAGCCGAGUCCAAGUGCUAGCAAUGUACCCAGUACUCCUAAUUCCUGUGUUUCACCUUGUUUGUGGGUUAGGCUGAUAAGGUUUGAACUCUUGGACAGGUGAAUGUUCUAAAGGAUGGACUGCUGAGAAAUCUGGUGGCAGGGUGUCCCUGGACAGGUGAUCCUUUGUGAUUUUAUCACCCCACAAGAUCUCAGUGCCUAGGCAUUCCGAAGGCUCUUGGCUGUACAUUUUCUCAAUCACUAGGUGGGCCCUCAUCGCAGUGGUAAGCCUUCUAUGUCUCUGCAGCUGUCUAGGGAUAGGGAAGAGGGUGAAGAUUCCAGAAGAGAUAUACCUAUCAUAGUAAGUUGGAAAGCCAUUGACUGUAGGAUGUUCAGGGAAUGUAGAUCAUACCUGUGUUUUCCAGACAGAGUUAGGUACUGGCUGAGUCCAGACUACCAAACUCUGAGAAUUAGUUAGCUCCUUUAACCUUCAAUACGUCCCUGUCAGGAAGAGGUAGGGCUCAGAGAACUGACAGAAUGUGUUUACAAUGUUAAGUGGUGGUAUACUAGGUUUAAAAUGAGUGUAAUUAAAAUCAUGCUAGCCUUCUGUUCUGUAUUGUAUUGCCUUCUCCACACAGGAGCACUGGUCCAGGCAUCCACCCUGUGGUGGUUUCUGGUAUCAACCCUUCUCAAUGCAUUUUCGCUACCCUGGUUUUAAAAACAGGUAGCAUUUUAUGACAACUACGCUUUCCAGGUCUCUUUAAAUCGUGUUCAACUUAGUUCACUGAUUUCGGUGAAGUUUUGGUAGAUAAUAAUAUAUUAGAAAUAAAAGCAUGUAGACCCUAGCCAAAAUAAAAUGGAACUAAAAUAAUCAUGUCAGAAUAAGAAUUUCAGACUCCAGCCAGUGACUCACAUCAGUAUCCUAGCACUCAGGAUGCUGAGGCUGUGAGCCUGAGUCCAGCCUGGACUGCAGAGUACCAGGGGUGGUCUGCCACCAUUAUCACGACACAGAAUUUUUAGUUGGGCAGUGUUGGUAUAUGUCUUUAAUCCCAGCACUUGGGAGAUAGAGGCAGGUGGGUGUCUCUGGGUUCCUGGACAGCCAGAACUGUUAACACAAAGGAACCCUGUCUUAGAAAACAAUCAAGCAAAACACAGCAAUGUUAGAAAAAAAUGUAUACAGAUUUUUUGUGGCAUUCUCCCCAAACUUACCAUGUCACCUUGUAAUAUAGCCCUGUUUCUGUCCUCAGAUCCUGGCAAGCACUGAUCUUUUUCUCGUUCCUUAUUGUGGAUGUUGUAAGUCACACAGGGGCUUAUUUUAUGCCGUUAAGCUUUUAGCUUUGUACCGUGAAACUUUACGUUCAUGUAAAAUACAGUUGCAUAAGCCCUGCUAAGUGGAUGAACACAGUAACAGAUUCUGUUAGCCUCCCUCACCGUCUCCUGCUGUGACAGUGAAAUCUAGUCCUCUGAACCUACUACCCAUGGCAAUCUCUGAUGUGUCUUUGACUUUCUGCCUUGUCCCUUGAAAAGAAUUGUAAGUGGAAUUUAAGAGUAUAACUUUUGAGAAUAACUUGCUGUGAGUUAGAUUCAAGAUCUGUAUCACUGGGUGUAUCGAUAGUUCUGAUUGCUAUUUCAUACUCCAUUGUGUAGAUGUACUACUGCUUAUUCAAUCCCAAGUUGGAAGACAUUCUUUACAGUUGAGGAGGAAGUAAUGAAUAAAGCUGCUAAAAGAG